AGAGGCUGUAGCGUUCUUCAAAAAAUGUAUGGUGGACGACCCAGGCAUGUCGACGGCUGUAGCUGCUAUACAAACUCUGUUAGAAGUUAUGAAUCAAAACUCGGGUAAGACUUUUCAAUUUUACCAUGCUGUUUAAUUAUUGUGACUCUUCAAUUGAGGAAGGGAAUGAGAGUGGGAAUAUGCGGGGAAGGGCUUCCCCGAAAUGUCAUUUAUUCCUCUUUGUCUCAGAAGUUAUCAACGUGCAAUUUCUCUUUGUAAUUCCAAUAUGUUCGUUUGCACACAUAAGAUGUACAUGUACGAUCAGAUAAGGUUAUUGGUCUGAGGAUGAUAUUCAGGAGAUAUGGCAAUCAGCUGGGAGAAUUUUCUCUUAAAACUUAGGAGUCAAAGGGAUACAUAAGUAAUUCCUGUGGAGACAAUAUGACAGGGUGGUUAUGUGAGGGUGCGUGAGGGAACUCCUGGCUUCCAGACAUGGUUUGAUGCUACUCUUGUUUACAGAUUUAAUGAAUGUAACCGAAAAAGUUACAAUUCUUAGACCCAACGUUUCGACACUCCUGUCUAAUGCCUUCAUCAGGGGUGAUCUAAACGCUGCAAUAAGAGGUCCUUCUAUACAAUCACUAAUCAGCUGCCUUUUUUCUGACGAGGUGUAAAUAGGCAUCAGGAAGUAAGCCACCAUCAUCACAAUUUAAAGGAGCAUGAGCAGAGUUAAUAUGCCAAGCUUCCAAACAAAAGCUCGUCAGAAAAAAGGCAACUAAUUAGUGACUGUAUAAAAGGACCUUGUUGCAGUGUUUAGAUCACCCCUGAUGAAGGAGUGUUGAAAUGUUGGGUCUAUGAAUUAUAACUUUUUCAGUUACAUUCAUUAAAUCUGUAAACCAGAGUAGCAUCAAACCAUGUCUGAUUGUGCCCUGGUUGCCAUGUGAAAUUUAAUACAUCCUGGCUUCCAGUUCUCUAUCAUGUUACUCACUGGAUUGGUUCUUGGUAGCUCUGAGAUCAAUGCCGUGACUACUUUGUGCACAGCCAACAGUCUGGCCACUAACUUCCUGGGAUAAAUAACAAAUUUAUGCUAUUGUAAACUUUGUGGAUUAUAUUUUCUUAGGGCCACAUUUCUAAGACUACUGAAUCACAAGUUAUUACUUCACCACUGUAAAUUUAAUUUUUUGUAUCGUCUAAGUAUAUGCUGCUGGGUAACAUAACUUUUUUCAACUCACCAGUCUUCAGUAUCCUGGUGAAGUGCUUCUUCAAAAGGUUGAUAAUAUUAUUAAAAUCUUAUUUCCUCUUCUUUGUAUUGAAGAAAACACUUUAAAGCAGCCUGUAAGUAUGUCCUUUACCCUAAACAUUUGUUUACUCACCCCACCCAAGGAGUGGGAUUCUGACUCUGUACUGAGCACUCUGCAUAACUUCCAAAAUUUAACAAAACAUUCCAUUUCCAUAAGGCCUUGUUAGACAUGAGCAUGUUUGUUUUUUCUCAAGAUCACUUUAUUUUAUUCCAUUCCAGCUGAAACACUCUCUGAACUCAGAGAUAAUCUUCAACAAGUCAUUGAUGUUUUGACCAAAACAGAAGGCUCAGUAGCUUCCAUAUCCUCAGGAUGUGAACUCUUCCUCAGAUUUAUAACACUUGCCUCCCUGGACAACCCAGUAAGUUUUAUUUCCUCCACCUGAUUAAGGUUUUGCUAGUGAUUAUUUCCCUAAGCCCACCUUUACUGGUGGAACAAGUUACUAUAAAAAAAUUAACAGUAACCUUAAUAGUUUGUUAAAAUUUGUUGUCAUAAAUAAGAAUGAAAUAUCUAGUGCAAGAAAAAACUAAAACAGUUAUCACCUGUUUUCAAACUGAAAUUCUGUGUGUGUCACCUUGUUGAAUGUAUGAUAUGUUAUGGUUGCCACUGGUAUCUGCAUGAACCUGUGGGAACCCAUGCAAACUGAAGAGCUAUUGUCUGAUGAUCACAGUGACAACUGUUUACUAUGAUAAUCAUACAGUUUAAAAUGACACCUUCCAGGAAAUACAAGCAUCACUUUUGCUUUUAUUUGUUUACAGCUAUUGUUUCCCAGUUUCUCAAAGAAAUCUACCUGAUACAAGACAUUUUCAUUAAUUUUAAUGGCAGCUUGUUCUGCCAUCGGAGAUUUCUCCUAAAUCAGUCGGUGAUUUUUCUCUAUCAGUGGCACUGUCUUCUAGGAGGGGUGAUCUGACUGGAUGAUUGAGUGAAUGUUGGUACAUCAGAAUUUGUAUUGGAGAAUUUAGUGGGGGCUUGGAAAAACAAAUAGUCAGGAAAAUCUGACAAAAAAUGCCAGUUUGCCGGGUAGGAAGGAAGGGUUAUGGCAAUAGUAAAAAACUGGAACCUUGAAAAGUGAUGAACUGGUCUAUUUAUGGAUGCAAUAUUUUUUCAAACCAUCUUUUUUUCAUAUAGUUAUAAAUUUAAAAUGGUGAGAAUGUUGCAAUAUUGUACUUUGAAAACUCCUGCUUUCUUGUGUUUCAUGGGAAAAAAUUCCUUUUUUAGAGUGUCCUUAUACUUUCCUGAUUUUGUUCUCUUUUUUUCCCUCAUAAGGAUUUUCAAGAAUGUAAAAGAGUUCUGGUUGAAAGAGGUGAUGUCUCAUAAAUAAGAAGGAAUAUUCCUUCCCUGGUCUUCAAUGUUUUUUUUUUUUUUUUUUUUUAACUUAACAAUGCAUUUGUAUCAUUUACCACAGUGUGGAUUAGUUUGAUUUUUUUUCUUCUAACCAGGUCAGCUGUACCUGAAAAGAGCUGCCUCAGCCAGGAAUAGAAUUGCCAAACUUUGUGAUGCAUUUAUUAAAGAUGGAGCUGUAAGCAUCACGUUGUAUUAAUUUCUGUUGACAAUAACAAAACAACAUUUGGAUUAUUUUUGCUAUCAAUCAUAUUUUUUCUGAGAUGUAUAACUUUCAGCUAGGUCAGCAAGUUACUGAUUGAAUGUCUCCACUCUUCACUGAGGCUCCAAACCAUAAAGUUGGUUUUCUUUUCAGUGAUUUUAUUCAAAGUGUGUGAUUGCAUGAUCUUUAAAUUUUUUCAGACAAUUCUUACUCACUCUCGAUCCAGAGUUGUGUUGGAAAUUUUGAAAGUGGCUACUGAACAGAAGAAGCGCUUUAAUGUUUAUGUAACAGAGUCAGCUCCUGAUAAAUCUGGGUACAGUGUAGUUUGAAAUUAUUUUUAUUAUAUAAAAGACCUGAAAAUUGCUAUAGAGCUUAAGUGGCCAAAAAUGGAAGAACUUAGUAUAGUAGUAACAGGCAUUAGCCUUGUUGAGAUCAGAGUCUCUGUGGUGAACAUUGCACUUUAAAACAUGUAUUACAGUUAACUGUAGUUUCCAUUUUGAACAAACAAUUCAGAAUGAAAAUAUUGACUUGUAUUUUGGCGGUCAUUUAGUAUCGUUGAAGGCCCUUGUCUGGAAGCCAAAUAAAAUUAGAUAGCUCCCCAGGGGGGACCUGUGGAUGAUGUAGUGGCCUAUUGGUUAGAACACUGGACUUGGGGUUGAGAAGUCUGGGUUGCUGCGAGGUCAAUGUGUUGUGUUGUGUUGUGUUCCUUUUUUUCUAUCACAGUGUCUCUCUUAAACCAGGGGAAUAAAUGGGUAUUGGUGAAUUGUCAGGGAAGCCUGAUGAAAUGCUGGGGGGUAACCUUGCAAUGGACCAGUAUCCCAUCCAGGGGGAGUAGUGAUACUCCUAACUGCUUCAGCUAUGGAAACUGGGUUAAUUGCUACUUGUCUCAAGUACAGACAUUACCCUUUACCCUUAAGUGGACCUGUAUGUGUUUGAUUUAAGUGGCGAUCAUGGAGGUUUUUAUAGCACUUACUUCUUAGUGCCUGGACUGGUGAAGGAUAAAGGAACUGAUAAAAGAGAUGUGUUCAAUACAUAACUAAUGUGGAUAUCCUUUUAGUAUUCUUAUGCUAAAAAUUGGUUUCCCUGUUUUUGGUUUUGUUCAUAUAUCUUCUAUUUACUUUAAGUAAAUUAUUGUCUCUCAGAUAUGAGAUGCAUGAUCAGUUAAAACAGUUUGGAAUUCCCUCCACAGUGAUCCUAGAUGCAGCAGUUGGGUGAGUGUUGCUAAUAUGAUCAUUGUAGCCAAGGUAUUUUGACUAUAAACCUUUCCAAGAACAAUCCAAGGAACAUUGCCAUCUCAUGUCUGCUUGUAUGUUCUGGGUGACGUUAAGUUUUAAACAAUAUUUUCUUUGUUCAUUGGGAGUUUGAAAGUGGGAUGAUUUGCUACAAUUAGUGUAGAACACAAACUUACCUAGAAAUCUGCUAGUUUAUACUAUUGUGUUUUUUUCCUUGAGUGCUGGUUUAUUUUAUUUAUUACAGUUGCUCUGUUGGUAUCCAGAUAUAAACCUCAAAAUCGAUAUUUAUAUCACAUAUGUUAAAUGCUGCUUUAGACUGGUAACAGUGGUUUUAGACUAUUUUAAUAGCUUCACCAUACAGCUGAGGAGGAUGCAGGAAAACGUACCCCCCCCACAACAAAGAAGACCCCAUAAAUUAUAAGUUAAUGUAGCUCACAUAAGGCUGUACACCUCCCCACUCUCCUGAUCAAGUUCACUGUAGGUCAACACUCCAUUUAUGAUGUAUUUUCCAUUUAUUGUCUUUUCAGUAUGUUUCAUUCCCUUAGUGAAUUCUUAUUUGUUAUUCUAAUGAACAACAUGUUUAUUUGGUCUGAUUUUAAGUUACAUGAUGGAAAAAGUUGACUUGGUCCUUAUGGGUGCAGAAGGUGUGGUAGAGAGUGGUGGAAUUAUUAAUAAAGUGAGUAUUGAGUUGCUACAGUAAGUGAAUGAUGAGAGUUUUCAACAACACUCAACUGAUAGCAAGUCAGACUCAAUGUUGCGUGAGGGGAGGGGAGGGGUGGUGUGCAGUUGUUUACAUGAUGACAUCAGUUUAGAGUUUCCCUCUUUCUCACAAACUGAGAUGAGUUAAGUGAUCAGUGAACAUUAGAUUUAAACGAAUUAUUCAGUGAAAUCCGUGUGUGGCGAAGUCUUGAAGUCUUCAGCAUGCAUUUGACUGGUACAACAUUACCGAAAUCCGACCGCAUACGUUCUGUCGUGUGUCAGUAUAAGCUUACAUGCACUCACGUAUACACACCGUAAUGUUCAUUAUUGAUUAAUCGAUCGAUCUUCGUUCGUUUAUUCGUUUCGUCGGUCGCCCGUUCCGCUCUUUUAGUUAUUCGCUCGUGAUUUUAAAUUUACUUGCUGAUACUCGUAACGUAUUGAAUGAACAAGUUUGUAUUCAUAGGUUGGCACAUAUCAGAUGGCAGUUAUGACCAAAGCGGUCAAUAAACCAUUCUAUGUAGUGGCAGAAAGUUUCAAGUUCGUUCGACUUUAUCCACUUAAUCAAGAAGACGUACCGAACCACUUUAAGGUGAGUACUUUCUUUUAGAAUACUUGGACAUUUAUUAUUGUGGACCCUCUCUGAGUAAUGUGUGAGAAAAAAAUGUUUCUGCUCUUUAAUUUUCCUUAUUCAAACUUCCGGGGAGGCUAAAGAAUGAUCGUUGGUACUUACCGUAUUUCCUCGCAUAAACGCCAAGGCGUUUAUUUGUGAUUUAGGCUUAUCUAAAGAAGGAAGCUUAAUUGAGGGGGUGGGGGGACUUUAUUAGCUUUUCCUUUGACGAAUUGUAGCUUUAUUUUAGCCGUAGUAUCUUUAAUAAGAAACAAAUCAACAACACUAUCCAUAUAGACGUAAAUUCAAUAUUAAUGUAUUUCGUUUGUUAAGGCAAUAGUCGGUAACCAAGCGUAUAGAAGUCCCAUUAAACACUCUACAUCCUCGUUAGGGAUACGCAGAUUGUCGCAUUUCUCUUGAUCUGUUAGACCUUGAAAGUGAGGGCGAAGGGGGCGGUUAUUGGAGAGGGGCGCUUGUUUGACAUUGUGACACAGGGGGUGGGGACUUACUCAGGGGAGGGAGCUCAUUAAAGCUUGGCCACUUGUUCGAGGAAAUACGAUAUGUAGAGGCAAGUGGACUCACAAACUUGGUAAGCGUGAAUUGACACUAGCGUUCCAAUAAAGUCUGUCGUAAAAAAGAUGGUUUCGACCAAAAAGAGAGAAAGCACCUGCGCGCUAAAAGAGCGAGCAUGGGAGAUGCAUUCGGUUUGUAGUAGAAAUGGGUUGGGUUGGGUUGUUUUUCUCGAAAUUUUGUGGCACCGUUUUUAGACAAGUGUCAAGGGACAUUUUUUGAUGUAACACUCCCUGGAUUGUCCCCGUGUGUCACCCUUUUAUUGAUGUGCUUGGUUUUGUUGCUUUAGUACUCAGGAAGUUCUUCCAGUGGGGAUAGUCAUCCAAUAGUUGACUAUACUCCACCAUCCUACAUCACCCUGCUGUUCACAGAUCUUGGAGUUCUAACGCCUUCUGCUGUCAGUGAUGAGCUGAUUAAACUUUAUUUAUGACUAGAAAAACCUUCUUUAAACAAAUGAACUUAGCCAUGGAGAACAGUGAAAACACCUAAAGGCCGCUUGUUGUCUGUACUGCAAUCGAAACGCGUUCAGGUCCCUAUGGACAAGUCGGAAACUAUUACGGGAUUUGCGUUGCCUAGCAAUGCUAUAGUCGAGUGAACCACAUCGUGGGCUCAGUUUUGCAAGUUGUAGUACUCUAGUUGCUGCCGUUCAUGGAUUUCUUAUCACCUACAAGUCACCAAGAAAAUGGAAAAAAUGACAUGAGCGAUGUUUCAUAAAUCCGCAUGGAUUGUUCUCAUAGGAUUUGCCUUUGUAUUAUUUAAUCCAUCUGACACUGGUGGCUCAUGAGGGUGGAAAACGCUAUCUGCCGGAUAAAUCUCCAUCCGGUGAAUGGCAUAGUACGUUUUGUUAACACUCCUCCGUUACAUAGCGAUUUAUCCGUUGGUUAACUGUAUCUGCCCAAUGAAAAUCUGGGCCCUGAUUUCUCGCCCUCGUCUUUGGUUAUGACAGUGUAUGUUCUUUAGUUUAAGAGACGCAAAGACACUUUACUUUGAGCUGUAUGCUCAUUUCUUUACCUACCUUUUUAAACAUUUACAUCAUAACGGGUACAGAUUAAUGAGUUUUUAGGGACAUCGUGCCAACCCUGAUUCAAGAGUCCCAUUUUGCUCAUCAUCACAAAAUUAUUUUAUUUUGUUUGCACACAAUCGACAGCUAAUCAAGCUUUCAUAUAAAUUGGUUUAGGAGCUUUUGUCGACCUUGAGCCAACCCUAGUUCAACAGGUCUAUUUAGAAAUUGGUUGAUGAGCAUUUGGGGACCUCGAGCUAACCCUGUAUUUGCUUAUUAACAAAAUUCUUUUGUUUAAAUAUUCAGCAGGGAUCUUCUCGUUCCCAAAACAAGAGCAGUGACUCUGAAACUUGGUCGCAAUCGACAGCUAAUCGAGCUUUUUCUGAUACACCAUGAACUGUCCGGGAAAUCCUCAUUUUGCCAGAGAUAUCGGCCCAUGAAUAUUUAAACAAAAGAAAUUGGCUGAUGAACGUUUGGGGAUCUUGAGGUAACCCUGUUUUAAAAAUCUUUAUUUGCUUAUUAACAUAACUCUUUUGUUUAAAUAUUUAGCAUGGAUUUUCUCGUUCCAAAAAGAAGCUGCGACUCUGAAACUUGCUCGCAAUCGACAGCUAAUCAAACCUUUUCUGAUACACUAUAAAUUAUCCGGAAAAUCCUCAUUUUGCCAGAGAUAUCAGUCCAUGAAUAUAUCUAAACAAUAGAAAUUGGUUAAUUAGUUUUUGUGGACCUUAAGCAAACCCUUCUUCAACAGGUCUAUUUUUACUCAUUAACAAAAUUCUUUUGUCUUAAUAUUCGGCGAGUAUUUUCUCGUUCCAAGAAAGAGCUGUGAAUUUAGGACUUGCACGCAAUAAACAGCUAAUCAAGCUUUUUCUGAUACACUAUAAAUUGUCCGGGAAAUUCUCAUUUUACCAUGGAUAUCAGUCCAUGAAUAUUUAAACAAUGGAAAUUGGUUAAUUAGGACCUUGAGCAAGCCCUUGUCUAACAGGUCUAUUUUUGCUCAUUAACAAAACUAUUUUGUUUUAAUAUUCAGCGGGGAUUUUCUCGUUCCAAAAAAGAGCUUUAACUUUAAAACUUGCAAACAAUCGACACGCAAUCAAGCUCUUUCGAACACAAUGUGAAUUUUUUGUGAAAUCUUCAUUUUGCCAGAGAUACGAGCUCACGAAUAUUUAAACAAUAGAAAUUGGUAAAUGAGCAUUUGGAGACCUCAAGUCAACCCUGGUUUAACAAAUUUUAUAUUUGCUUAUAAACAAACUUUUUUUUGUUUUAAUAUUCAGAGAGGAUUUUCUCUUUCCAAAAAAAGGGCUGUGACUUUGAAACUUGCUAACAAUCGAAAGGUUAAAAAGCUAUUUAUAACGCACUAUGAAAGGUUCGGGAAGUCCUCAUAACGGAUGUGAAAUAAACUCGUGAACAUUUAAGCGAUAGACAUUCGUUGAUGACUUUUAGGAGGCUUACGUCCAUACCCAAUUACUUGCAGUCGAGUUUGUUCUAAAUUAUUUUGUUUCGACAGACAGAGGUGCUCUUUAAAGCCCACACAGGUUUUUUAUUUUUAUUUUUUUACAC